CCCAAUUGGCUCAGGGCCAGCCGAUCCCUAGCGCAGUCGGCGUCAUUUUUUUGCUUUGGCUUACCGUUUAGUAUAUUCAAUUUAGUGUUUUCAUAUUCGAGAGAUUUUGCAUUCAUUCAUUUCAUCGAUCAGUUUGUUUGCUAUUUUUUUCAAAUAAAAGACUCUUGAGCUUCAAGCAUUUGAUUAAGAAUAUUAGCCAACUUAUUUAUACGUCAGCAGAAUGUUCUACCAUAUCGCAUUAGAACACGAAAUUCUGUUGCACCCACGGUAUUUCGGUCCUCAGUUGAUGGAAACAGUAAAACAAAAACUUUUCACAGAGGUGGAAGGCACUUGUACUGGAAAGUAUGGGUUUGUCAUAGCAGUUACAACAAUUGACACAAUUGGAGCUGGAAUCAUACAGCCUGGACAAGGCUUUGUAGUUUAUCCUGUUAAAUACAAGGCAAUUGUGUUCCGUCCAUUUAAAGGACAGGUUUUGGAUGCAGUGGUAACUCAAGUGAAUAAGGUUGGGCUUUUUACAGAAAUUGGACCUUUGUCCUGUUUCAUUUCUAGACAUUCCAUUCCAUCAGAUAUGCAAUUCGAUCCCAACUCAACACCUCCUUGCUACAAAACCCAGGAUGAAGAUGUUGUUAUUCAACAGGAUGAUGAAAUCAGGAUAAAAAUUGUUGGAUUAAGGGUUGAUGCUACUGAUAUUUUUGCUAUUGGAACACUUAUGGAUGACUACUUGGGUUUGGUCAGUUGAUUUAUUUCAAGCCAUGUUUUCAUUGUCACAGUAUGAUUCAUGUGUUGGUGCAUCAAGAUUGAAUAUAACAAGAGAAGGAA